AUGAGUAGCACUUGUCCAACGAGUUCAGCGUCUUCAGAUGCUGAUUCAUUGUAUGAUGCGAAUCCGAUCAAAGCGGUCAUUUUUGAUUAUGGAGAGGUUAUGUGGAUGCAGUCGAGAAAUGUGCAUGUUUAUCGGAGUGAGUGGGGAUUUGAAAGUGAAGGGACAUUUUGAAUCGGGCCAUAGAGUUAUAAAUUUGAAUUUUGAAAUUUCUAAUAGAGUCUGAGAACUCGGACUAUAAAAAUCAUUUUUUUUUUUGAAUUUUUGAAUUCUGUAGUCCAAUUUAUAAUAUUUUUGUGCCCUUAUUCUGACAAAAAAUCCAUGAUUCUGAAGUUUUGAAAGAUUCUGAUAGGGCUCCAGAUGAUACCAUAUUUUUGUACUUCUGAAAGCCCAUAACAAAAACUGGCCCGAAUUUGAAUUGAGAAUUUUUUUGUUGAAUUUUUAUUUGAAUCUGAUUUUACACGUUUUUCAAAUUCCAAAUUUCCCUUUUUUUCCAGAAAUUGAAGAAGAGAACAAGCUUUUCGACAAUUCCCUCAUCCCAACAUUACUUGGCAAAGAGCUCGCCGCAAUUCUCCCAAAAAAUUUCCAAGAUGAUCUUUUAACCGGUGUCUACACUGCAAAAGAUUUCGAUCGUCUCUUUCUAUCCGCCUACAAUCGAAGAUUCGGCUCGAAAGUCGAAGGUCUCAACUUCUUCUCUGCGACGGAAUACGACGAUGAGGCGGUUUAUGAGGAGGCUGUUUUGACAGCUUGUAGAAAAUUGCGAGAAAAAGGAGUGAAGACUGUGCUGAUGUUGGACACUUAUCAUGUUGAUGAAAAACGGGAUGGUAGACGGAUUCCGCAUAUGGAAAAAUAUUUUGAUUUGGUUGUCGAGUCGUGUAAAGAAGGUUGUAAGAAACCGGAUCCAAAGUUUUAUCAGGUAAGGAUACUGUAAUUUUUUGUGCCCGAAUUUUUCAACAAAAAUUGUUGUUUCAGAUAACCCUGGAUUUGGCUGAUCUCCAACCAGAAGAAGUUAUCUACGUGGAUGACUCCAAAAUCAAUUGUGAAACAGCUGCAUCACUCGGAAUGCGAUUCAUCCAAGUGUUCAAUAGUAUGGAUAUGUUGGAAGAUUUGCAAGAGAUUCUUGGUUUCGAUUUGGACUAG